AGCAUAAGGCUUGGACUUCCAACAUAGGAAUACAAUUCAACAGAUGUGCAGGGGAGAACAGUGCCUUCCCCUGCUUGCUAUAUAAUUAUUGCAAUGGGCAUAGCAUAUCUUUGUGCCAUGAUUAACAAUUAACACAACAAUCCCCACUUUCUUUCUCUGUUGCUUACUUGCUUUGGUUGCUUUUCACUUCCAACUUUCAAGAAACACAAGCCAUGGGAGGAGGUUGCAUAGAAGAAGGGCUACCCACGACGACAAAGCCUUUGCUUCUUGAUGCAAAGGCGUCCAGUUCAAAUCAUGAGAUUGAUAACUCCUUCAACACAGACACAGAAGCCACAGAUUCCUCCAUAACUCCUGUUCUUGUUCUCAGCACCUUCGUCGCUGUCUGUGGCUCCUUCUGCUAUGGCUGUGCUGUGGGUUAUUCUUCGCCGGCCGAAUCUGGAAUCAUGCAAGACUUGGGACUCUCUGUGGCUGCAUACUCAGUUUUUGGAUCCAUAAUGACAAUUGGAGGAAUGAUUGGUGCUAUUAUAAGUGGGAAGAUAGCCGAUUUCAUCGGUUGGAAACGAACUAUGUGGGUAUCAGAAAUUUUCUGCAUCAUCGGGUGGUUUUCUGUAGCAUUUGCACAGGUUGCUUGGUUGCUGGAUCUUGGAAGACUUUUAAUGGGAAUUGGAAUAGGGAUUAUUGCUUAUGUGGUGCCUGUAUAUGUUGCAGAAAUAACGCCUAAGAACGUUCGUGGUGGAUUUACUGCUGCUAACCAGUUCAUGGUAUGCUGUGGCCUUUCACUUGUAUAUUUCGUUGGAACUGUUGUUUCCUGGCGCAUUUUGGCUCUGAUUAGUGUUGUUCCAUGUGCAUUGCAUUUUUUGGGUGUAUUCUUCAUUCCUGAGUCUCCUCGAUGGUUGGCAAAGGUUGGUCGAGAAAAAGAGUUAGAGUCAACUCUCCAGCGCCUCAGAGGAAAGAAUGUCAAUAUUUCACAAGAAGCAGCUAACAUCAAAGACUAUACGGAAACUUUUCAAAGGCAUUCAGAAACUAGACUUUUCAACUUGUUCCAGCGGAGAUAUGCUCAUGCUCUCAUUGUUGCCUUUGGGCUAAUGCUAUUUCAACAACUUGGAGGGACCAAUGCAAUAGCAUAUUAUGCCAGCUCCAUUUUUGAAGAAGCUGGUUUUUCAAGUAGCGUUGGGCUAAUAUCGAUAGCCAUUAUCCAGAUUCCAGCUACUGCUGUUUCUGUAAUCUUAACAGAUAGAGCUGGAAGGCGGUCGCUUCUCUUGGUUUCUGCCUCUGGCAUGUGCUUAAGCUGCUUCCUCAUAGGACUGGCGUUCUGCUUGCAGGACUUCAACAAGACAAAGGGGAUCACUUCCAUUCUAGUUUACAUUGGCAUACUGGGAUUUAGUGUAGCUUUCUCAUUAGGCAUGGCUGGAUUACCAUGGGUUAUAAUGUCUGAGAUAUUUCCCAUAAAUGUCAAGGGUACUGGUGGAAGUCUGGCCACAAUAAUCAACUGGGCAAGCUCCUGGAUUGUUUCAUAUGCUUUCAACUUUAUAAUGGAGUGGAGCUCUGCAGGUACAUUUUUCAUAUUUUCUGGCAUGUGCGCUUCAGCUGUUUUAUUCAUUGCCAAGGUGGUGCCAGAGACCAAGGGCAUAAUGUUGGAGGAAUUACAAGCAUCAAUUACUCAUUUCCUGCAAUCUCUCCUGCAGUCCCUUCACUCUCUCUUCUUGGUCACUGAAGAAAAUCAAGAAAUGAGCAGGGAAAGCAUAGAAGAAGGAGCUACCUCAAGCCCUCUGCUUCUCAAUGAUAGAUCUCAGAUACGUGGACGAGACGAUGCCAGUCUUGGUGGAGAUGGGCAGAGUGGAGGUUCUUCAGCAACAACUGUAGUGGUGAUAAGCACCAUGGUUGCUGUCUCUGGUUCUUAUGUUUUUGGCUCAGCUGUAGGGUAUUCAUCACCCACUCAGUCUGGGAUCAUGAAUGACCUGGGUCUCUCCGUGGCAGAGUACUCACUAUUUGGUUCUAUAUUAACAAUUGGAGCAACGGUAGGCGCAUUAAUGAGUGGGAAGAUUGCAGAUUACACAGGUCGAAGACUCCUAAUGGGCUUUUCAGAAAUAUUCUGCAUCGUAGGAUGGCUUGGAAUAGCCUUCUCAAAGGCUUCUUGGUGGCUUGAUGUUGGAAGACUGUUGGUAGGAUAUGGGAUUGGGCUUCUUGCUUAUGUGGUACCUAUUUACAUAGCUGAGAUUACACCCAAGAACAUUCGUGGUGGAUUCACAACAGUGCAUCAGUUGAUGAUUUGUUGUGGUGCUUCAGCAAUGUAUCUUGUCGGAGCUUUUGUGUCCUGGAGAAUUUUGGCCCUGAUUGGAACUAUUCCUUGUCUUUUUCAAGUGCUUGGGCUAUUCUUCAUUCCUGAAUCUCCUAGAUGGUUGGCAAAGAUUGGACGAUGGAAAGAGUGUGAAGCUGUUCUGCAGCGUCUUAGAGGGGAGAAUACUGAUGUCUCUGAUGAAGCAGCUGAGAUUAAAGAUUACACAGAAACCCUUCAACAGCACUCUGAAGCUAGGAUAUUUGAAUUGUUCCAGUGGAAAUAUGCUCAUUCACUCAUUGUUGGAGUGGGCCUGAUGGUACUGCAACAAUUUGGAGGGGUCAAUGGCAUUGUAUUUUAUGCAAGUUCUAUAUUUGUAUCAGCUGGUUUCUCUGGUAGUGUUGGGACUAUUGCAAUGGUUGUUGUUCAGGUUCCAAUGACUGCACUGGGAGUAGUCUUGAUGGAUAUAUCUGGGCGAAGACCACUUCUGAUGAUCUCUGCAGCUGGAACAUGCUUAGGUUGCUUUCUUGUAGCAUUGUCAUUUUUGUCACAGGACCUUCAUAAAUGGACGGUGGUCUCUCCCUUUUUGGCACUUAUUGGUGUACUGACAUAUACAGGAUCAUUCUCACUAGGCAUGGGAGGAAUUCCUUGGGUUAUAAUGUCUGAGGUAUUUCCUAUAAACAUGAAGGGCUCAGCUGGAAGUCUUGUGACAGUAGUUAACUGGUUAGGUUCUUGGAUUAUCUCCUAUGCUUUUAACUUCCUAAUGAAUUGGAGUUCAGCAGGAACAUUCUUCAUAUUCUCAAGCAUAUGUGGCCUAUCCGUUCUAUUUGUCUUAAAGCUAGUGCCAGAGACUAAGGGACGAACAUUGGAAGAAAUACAAGCAUCCAUGAAUCCAUUUUCUGCAAAGUGAAAAUUUGGCAGCCUCGUCUUGCACUCAUUUUGUGUUUUGAUGAAUUACCGUGAGGCCUCAUGCAAAUCUCUGAUGGAAAAAUUUACCUGAAAUAUUUUGUUACUGAGUAGGAACAAACAUACUGGUUUCCAUGAGAAACAAGCUACUAAAUACUGGAUUUUAUAAUCUCAGCAUCUCAUUUUAACUUA